CCCAACUUAGACAUGCCAAAAGGUAAACUGAAAAUGCCAGAGCUUCAUACUCCAGACUGGGAUGUUGAUGGUCCUUCAGGAAAUUUGAAAUCUCCUAAAUUCAAUCUUUCAGGUACUUUACCAAAAGGACCAAACAUGGACAUUAACACAGAUCUGAAAUCACCAGACUUUAGUCUGAAAGCUCCUAAGAUAAAGGGUGGAAUUGAUGCCCCUGACUUGGACUUGCCUAAUAUGGACCUUAAAGCUCCCAAGUUCAAUGUGAAUACUCCAGAUGUCAACAUUGGAUCACCCAAAGCAAAAUUUAAAAUGCCCAAAUUUAAAAUGCCCAAAUUUAACGUCCCAAGCCUAAAAGGACCUGAGAUUGAUGGAAAUUUAGAUGGUCCAGAUGUUAAGGUAAAUGUACCCAAUGUUAAUCUUAAAGGUCCUAAAGCUGAUGUAGGAAUGCCAGAUCUUGAUAUUUCUGGUCCGUCUGGAAAAUUCAAAAAGCCAAAUUUUAACCUGCCUGAUUUUGGUCUUUCGGGUCCAAAGUUAGAUGGCCCUAACUUGGACCUGAAAUCACCUGACCUAGAUAUCUCUGGUCCCAAUCUCAGUGGUGGAAUAAAUGCACCAGACAUAAAGAUGCCCAAGGUUGAUCUUAAAAGCCCCAAACUGGACCUCAAUACCCCAAAGCUCAACUUAGACAUGCCAUCAGGGAAACUGGAGAUGCCAAAACUGGCAAAACCAAAGGCAGAGCUUCAUGCUCCAGACUGGGAUGUUAAUGCUCCGUCAGGAAAAUUGAAAUCUCCUAAAUUCAAUCUUUCAGGUACUUUACCAAAAGGACCAAACAUGGACAUUAACACAGAUCUGAAAUCACCAGACUUUAGUCUGAAAGCUCCUAAGAUAAAGGGUGGAAUUGAUGCCCCUGACUUGGACUUGCCUAAUAUGGACCUUAAAGCUCCCAAGUUCAAUGUGAAUACUCCAGAUGUCAACAUUGGAUCACCCAAAGCAAAAUUUAAAAUGCCCAAAUUUAAAAUGCCCAAAUUUAACGUCCCAAGCCUAAAAGGACCUGAGAUUGAUGGAAAUUUAGAUGGUCCAGAUGUUAAUGUAAAUGUACCCAAUGUUAAUCUUAAAGGUCCUAAAGCUGAUGUAGGAAUGCCAGAUCUUGAUAUUUCUGGUCCGUCUGGAAAAUUCAAAAAGCCAAAUUUUAACCUGCCUGAUUUUGGUCUUUCGGGUCCAAAGUUAGAUGGCCCUAACUUGGACCUGAAAUCACCUGACCUAGAUAUCUCUGGUCCCAAUCUCAGUGGUGGAAUAAAUGCACCAGACAUAAAGAUGCCCAAGGUUGAUCUUAAAAGCCCCAAACUGGACCUCAAUACCCCAAAACUAAACUUGGACAUGCCAUCAGGGAAACUGAAGAUGCCAAAACUGGCAAAACCAAAGGCAGAGCUUCAUGCUCCAGGCUCCAAAAAGCCACAUUUGAAGAUGCCUGGUAUGGGGUUUUCUGGUCCAAACUUUGACCUCAAGUCACCAGAUCUUAAGGCCGAAUUACCGAAAGGACCAAAUUUAAACAUGAAUUCAGACCUGAAAACUAAGGAUUUGAAUCUCAAAGCUCCAAAGAUGAAAGGUGGUAUAGAGGCCCCCAAAUUAGGCUUACCAAACAUGGACCUUAAAGCUCCCAAUUUAGAUAUGAACACUCCAGAUGUCAAUGUUGGUUUCCCUAAUGCAAAUUUCAAAAAGCCCAAAAUCAAGAUGCCAAAAGGCCCUAAUGUUGACAUAAAUGGGGACCUACAGGGGCCUGACCUAAAUAUCCCAAAUGUAGAUGUUAAUGGCCAAAAAGGAAAAUUUAAAAUGCCAAGUUUAAAUGCACCAGAACUCAGUCUCUCUGGACCUAAGGCAAGAACACCAGACAUUAAUCUUUCAGGCCCUAAACUGAAAGGCCCUGGUUUAAGUAUGCCAGACUUGCCGGAUGCCAGGUUCAAAGGUCCCAAGUUAGACCUCAAUGCAAAACGUCCUGAUCUAGGAAUAAGUGGUAACAUAGAGUCGCCUGACAUCUUUACUGACUUUACUACCCCUCAAGUCAGAGGAGGAAUAAGAGGUCCAGAUGCUGACAUGACUGUACCCUCAGGAAACUUCCAGAAUCCUCAGACUGAUCUUGAUUUGGCAGACAGAAAAUUCAAACUUCCUUCUUUCAAGCUGCCUCAGUUUGGAGGCUCAGAUCUUAAUAGGGCAUCAUCUGAUAUUGACUUUAGUGCAUCAUCGAGACCAACAAAGCUGAAUAUUUCUCCUCCAAAUGCAAAACUAAAUAUGAAACAACAAGAGUUUCAUGGGGAUUUCACAGGACCAAAUGUUAGUGCACCAAACAUGGACCUCAGCAUGCCGACAGCAGAAAUGCAGAAUCCACAGCUGCAUUUAAAAUCUCCACAUCUUGACAUUGAUGAUCCUUCACUAGAUUUCAAAGGGGGUUCUUAUAAGAAGCGCAGAUCAGAUACCGCAGGGGUAAACAUGAGAAUGCCUACCCUAGACAUAGAUGGAGAUCCCAGACUUCGUCACACUAAUAGACAGUCACCUAGGACCAAAGUAAGGUCCAGCUACCCUAUGGUGGAUGCUCAUUUAGAUCACCACAUUGAUUACAACCAUUCAGAUCUCAAUAUUGAUGAUUUCACAGAAAUGGAUCAUGUGCCUAGAGCCAGAGGUUCAAAACUGGACCUUAAGGCACCGUCAGGUAUUAAUAUUGACAUGAGGGACCCCAGACAUACCGGAAGAAUUCCUCCUGGUAAUAUUAAUAUAUCGUCAAAGCACCAGAGAACAAAGCAGCCAACACCUAAUGCACAUUUGUCUGAAGAUCCAAGAAUAAGGGUACCUGACACUCAAGAUGGAUACUAUGUCACUGCUUUUCAAACUGAAGCACAAAAUCAAAGAAUGCCAAACCGCAAAUAUAACACACUUGGGGGGCCUGAUUUUCCUCUAAGAAAUAUGGACCUUGAAGUACCAGGUGAAAAUGACCAAAAAGGGUCAACUUUCUUUUUCUCCAACCUCAUGUAGCUUUUAAACCACUGAUGUUUCCAUAAGCAUACCAAAGGUUUAAUUUAGUGUGCUUUUUAUAUUUGGUUUAUUUAUUGUGACUGUUGUGUGAUAUUGUAUGAUUAAUGCAUAUUCAUUUGUUUUUUUUUUUAUAUAAGUCAAUCUUGUUGUUUUCUAUGAUGCAAGCUACAUUACAAUGCAAAAUGUUUGCACUUUUUUUAUAUGUAAGUUUAAACUUUUCACAUUUUGUAAUUUGCGCAAUACAGUACUCAUUUGAAAAGUAUCUAUGUACAGAAAAGUUAAGUUGUGGCACCCAACACCUCCAAAAUCCCCACAUUUUUAUGUUUACUACUGAUUUUGGUACUCACUUUUUUUAAAAUAGAUUUUAGGCUACUUAGAAAAAAUGAAAGGGUGCAAGUUGUUUUGUAAUAUAUUAACUGAAUGUUAAUAUAUCCAAAGUUAUAUUUUAUAUUAAUUGGGUAUGUGUACAAUUGAGUUUAUGUAAUUUUUGUCAACAGUUUUAAGCAAUAACAUUAUAAAUGAAGUUCACAAUAUUUUAGGCUGUUUUAAAAGUCACUAUUUAGUGAUUGAAACUGGUUAAGUUCUGUGUGUGUAGCAUGAAGAGACUACAAACUUUCUUUUCAUUAUACACUCUUGGGUUGUAUAAUGAUAAAUAAACUACCUUGAAA